AUGGCCGAUUGGAAGAAAGCUCUUGGCUUCACAGACAGGCUAACAGCCAUCCAAUCUUUGACAACAGCUUACCAACGUGCGUCGUCUUCUGCUGCAUUUGCAGAGGCGCAGUCUCAGGCAAAGAGAUUUGAGACCGAAGCCUAUGAUCAGGCCACAUCGAAGGAAGAAUAUGAUCAAUUUUGCCAGAAGGCCAUUGACGCAGCCGAAGCCACUGGUUCGGCUGCUCCUGUAAUUAGUUGCCCCGAUCUGGUACAGAAUAAGGAAGGGGUAGAGGACUGGCCUGCAGGCCAGGAUAUUGGACCAUACAAGGCAUGCCUUCAUCAUUUCGACGGGCUUCAUUCCACCAUCUACAAAUCCAGACGUACAGAUGGGACCCUAGUUGCUGUGAAAGUUACUGUUCCCCAUCUUUUAGUACCGCCACAUGACGCGAAGUGCGAAGUUCAGCUCUUACGAGAAACCGCUGGAACUCAUGUGAUACCUUUACUCGAAACGCUAAAACUUGACGGAGGACGACUGAUUCUGGUGUUCCCCUUCAUGAAACAUGACUUUGAACAUCUAUUGCGUCGAGGCAUGUUGACUGCUACGCAGACCAGGUCACAUUUGCGUGAUUUGUUUCGGGCCUUGGCGCAUGUCCAUGAGUUGGGAGUUAUACAUCGGGACAUAAAACCUUCGAAUAUUCUCUUGGACUCACCCGAUGGACCAGCCUACUUGGCAGACUUUGGGAUUGCUUGGAAGGAGGGCCAUAACGAAACUGAACCAGCGGAUAAAAAGAUUACAGACGUGGGAACCACAUGUUAUCGACCUCCCGAGAUAUUGUUUGGUUAUAAAGGAUAUGACUCAGCUCUCGACCUUUGGGCGGCUGGGUGCGUGGUCGCGGAGGCUGUAGCUGUAGGGCACAAGCAACUUUUCGACUCUGGGCCUCUAGGCAGCGAUCUCUCGCUUAUCCAAUCUAUAUUCCAGACCUUGGGUACUCCUGACGAAGAGAUAUGGCCGGAACAGGAGACCGAGAAACUUCCAGACUGGGGCAAGGUGGAAUUCUAUAGAUAUCCUGCCAAGUCGUGGGAUGACAUCCUCCGAGGGGCCUCCUCGAAAGGUCGGGACUUAGUAAGCCAACUGGUGCGUUAUGAGAGUAGCCAGCGCAUUUCUGCUACAGAGGCUCUCAGGCAUCCCUAUUUUUCCGCGUGUUAA